GCAUUAACUUGGCAGCUAAGGCAAGCUUUGAACUUUUGGACAAAGUUACUUAGUCAUCUUUCUCUCCGGUUCUCCAUGUCAUCCACCUUCUUCCAAGCCUCUCUCUCCCCACGCCCCUCUCUUUCUCCUCUCCUCCAUCUCUACCUUCCCUCCCCAUUUCUCCAUGUCAUCCACCUUCUUCCAUGCCCUCUCUCUCCCCACGCCCCUCUCUUUCUCCUCUCCUCCAUCUCUACCUUCCCUCCCCAUUUCUCCAUGUCAUCCACCUUCUUCCAAGCCCUCUCUCUCCCCACGCCCCUCUCUUUCUCCUCUCCUCCAUCUCUACCUUCCCUCCCCAUUUCUCCAUGUCAUCUCCCCCUCCCCAGGACAGUGUGAUCACUCCGGUCCCGGAUGCUCUGACAGACUGCUACUUCCUGGAAGAGUGGGAGCGGCUUCAGGACAGCUGGGCGGAGCUAGAACACCAGAAGCGGACCUUCCAUAGGGAGAGACGGGCCUUCACCGACGCCGCCAUCCGAUUGGGCCACGAGAGACGUGACUUUGAGCAGCAGAGGGCCUGUGUGGUGAAGCAGCAGUAUCUAUUUGACUCUCCGUUGCAGCAUCACAACAGGAGAGAGAGCACCGUCCUCAAUCUCUCAGAUUCUGAUCACAUGAUCUUGUCCGGCUGCCGGCUGGCCACGCCCUCCUCUGCCGAGUCUGGGAUCAUGCCCUGGUUAGGGUCAUCGGGGUCUCUGCAGGUUCAUGGCAGGGUCAAAGUUCACACGCCCAGCACCCCAGAGCUCUACUCUGCCCUCCAACUGCCCUACAGCUGCAGGUCCAGUGAGAGUGAUGCCCAGUCAGAGUGCUGGGAUGUGGGGGCAGAGAGGCUCCAGGUCGCCCCCCCUGGUACUCGCCUGGACUGGUCAUUUCAGUAGGAUUGCUGUUUAUGUAGUUUCCAUUGUAUGUUUUAUAAUAUUGUCUGUUUCAGGUGUAUGUUGUUCCUUUGUCGUUUCUGUUGUGUUUUAUGAAAUCGUUUUUCAAUGUGAUUAAUAAAGAUUAAUUGUUUGACACGUACCUUCUCUACUAAUGAUUACUGAAUUGACUCCAUGAGCCAGGAGAAAUG